AAAAGAAAGGCUUCAUAUGUCUAUGGGAAGCAUUCCAUUGAAUUCAUUAAGAUUAAAAAAAAAGAAUGGAUGAUAUUCUCUCUCUCUCUUUUUGUUUUCUUUCCUUCUUUCUAAUGGCUUAUCCUAUUCGAUCCUACUCAUUAAAAUCACCAUGGCAGGGUCAACCGGUUGCUAAGAGCAAGAAAAAGCAAAGAAGACGUACAUGGCAUCCUACACGACCUUGUUCGAUCUACCCUAUUUCACCACGUGUAUCCAAAUGGCGUGCGGCUAACUCUUUUCUCGUGCAUCCGAAACGACUGACGGUAGCCACCAUCUCCACACUUACCUCUUCCAACUCACCUCUACCCAUCGAUUCCUUUCAAAGGAUGACACCCGUGGUAAAUGUCUUUCACUUGCAGUCUACCUUGUUUUUAUUUGGUUUCUUGUGUUUCCCUUGUUGGUGGGUUGGCGGAUAUUGUUUACCUGCAACGCAUACGAUGGAAUUGAAUGGACAGGUCAUGAUGGCUGUUCAUCCUUCCCUCUUGGCGAACGGAAGAAUGUGUUCAAAGACCCUAUGGACUUGUACGGAUUAUGAUCCCGAGAAGGAUACUAUCUUGAUGUUUUAUCGUUGGAAUCGAUUCAUGGCUCUUGUCUCUGUUGCCUUGGUCCUCUUUAUCCUAUCACUCUUUAUCUGGUAUUAUGUGGCAUACUAAAAGAGAGAAUGAAACAAAAAGAAAAUAAAAAAAGAAAAGAGGGG